GGUGCGGGAUAUUUUUAGACCGUCCGUUGUUAUCGCACACGGGGUGCUCCACUGGCCUCCUCGCGCGGGCUCUCAUUCAAUGCGGGUCUCCAUCUGCGGACAGUGCGGGGUCCCUGUGGCCCUUGAGCUUGUGUCUAUGGAUGUUGCGGCUUUGGUUUAGGGUGGUUGCUUGUGUGAGGAGGGAUUGCGAGUGUGGGAAGGGAGGGAAGGGACUGAUCGGCAAGAUAGAUGGAGGUGGUGUUGGUGUAGGUGGUGGUUCAGGUCGCUUAGGAAAUUUUGAAAUUUAUUUGCUGCUGUUCCGUGCCUGCGAGUGUCUCGUGGCAUUCCGUGUAAGGGUGAUAUACCUUUUCGUUAAUGUUUAUUCUGAUGCUCUGGCAAUGAGCUGUGCGUAUCCGUCGGCUCUGGAGGUUACGCUGACAGUCUAACGCUAUCGGAGCAAAUCUCACUCCCGAUCAGGCUUUUGCGUUUAAAGAGUCGUUCAAUACACAGUCGAUCGAAAUAGACAAUUGCACUCAAGUGUUACGAUUGUGGAUGUUCAUCGGCAGCUGAACAUGCUUCUAUCGUUACGGAGCGGGUAACUAUUUAAUUAUAUAUUGGAGCGCUUCGAUCGAAAGUCACGUUGGACUCUUACGUGAGGGAUUACAGCUGAGGAUACCAAAUCUCCUGCGUUUACUAUCUUCUAGGAAUGAAAUAAGAUUAUUGCCAUGACUCGGUGUUCAAGCUUUAGUUGUCAACUAUUUUCUGGUUGAAAUGGCGACCUACUAUCCCUCGGUUCUUUGGAAUCUAGUUUCUUGAAGUUCUCGAGCCUUUAAAUGUACUCAUUCAACAUAUUCUUUGUUCAUGAUGGUGGUGACUAAUGGAAGUCGUGAUCUCCUGCAAAGUUGUUGUCCACCUCGUCGCUGGUUACCAAUUUUCGACUGCAUCGAAGAAUCACAGAGGAGCAAAGGAUGUUGUGUGAGCUUAUUCAGCAAAGAGAACUCAAGAUUUAGUGGACUUGCGGGAACAAGGAUUAGCCGUAAGAACUCGCUUAAGUCCAGACACCAAACAUAUACACCUUGCAUCGCUGGAGACUGCACUAGUAUCACACGCUCAGAGUUAGGCGUACCUUUAAGGAGAUCGUUGGUUGCUACAAAUCGUAAAGGCAAAUGGGGGAAACACAAUCAAGUCAGAAUUGAGAGAUCCUGGGUGAGGCGUCACGAGAAAGGAAGAUCAUGGGAAGGUCAUACAAGUGGAAGUGGUAGCCUGCAGUAUAGCGGAAAGCAACCUGGACUUAUUGAAGAAACCAUAUCUCUGAAAGAUGACCAGCCACUUGAUGCGAGGGGAAUCGGGGAACAAGGGAGUUUGAGGCUGUUAAAUCAGCCGCGUAGAGAAGUGUUGGAGGAUGUAAUAUCUAGUCCAGAAUAUCAAAAGAUUCAGGAUCUGAAGUUUUCUGGUGAUAUGUGGGAGGGAGACUCGGGUCCCCAGGUCUUGGAUUUACAGAGAGCGUUGUAUUGGUAUGGAUUCUUGCCAAAGCGUACAGAGUUAACUGCUUAUUUUGGUCCAGGGACAAAGAGGGCAUUGCAGCAGUUUCAAAUUGCGCAAGGGGUGCCGGGUACUGGGGUGUGGGGAUCCUCGUCUCGGCAAGCUUUGUGGAAACUACUCAACGUAGAAAGCUCUUCGUCUUCUGAAGGAGGAAGCAGUGUGCAAAAUAGUUCGCAACAAACCGUUUCCUCUUGGUUGUACAAAGCAAAUGCACGAGGAGCAGGUGUUGACAUAUGUGUAUCAGAAUUGAUGGCUACCAUGGGUGUGCAUGGUCAAGAAUUUAUGUCAACUUGGUCUUCUGCACCAUACUGGAGAAGUUUACCGACUAAUUUCCCUAAAAAGACUGCAACAGUUGGUGUACUUGUAGUGGUGAUGGUGACUAUGUUUGGACUUGGAUACUCUGUUGUAGGGUUGUUCCAUGCACAACAUGGGCAACCUGUGAGGCGAAGGGUGUUAAGAGCACGUUGGCGGGAUGACCUAAGUGGUAGAACCUUGACAAAGUCAAAAAGGCACCUCGACAUGUUUCCAGGGUUAAGUCUACCUUUAGUUGAGGAAGAAAAUUCGAAGUAUAAUCCUCGUUCGAAGUCAAAGCUUAGUUCAGCGAAUUCUGCAGGGCGUACGGAUCGCUUGAUAUUGUAUGAAGGGCAGGUGCUAACUGGAGAUGAAACACCUGGUCAUGUGUAUUCUUUUAUGCCGAGCUCUGCGUCUCGCCGAAGUUCAGGAAAGGCUUCUCAAGUACAAGCGACUACGGAUCAAACCAUUCACAAACCUGCAAGCCGCCGCAGGUUCUCUGGCCCACGCGAGCAGUUUUCUCAAGAGAGUCAGGGUCCUUCCAAGAUGAACAAUGUGCGCAUUCGAGGGACAAAGACGUCCAGGGUAGAUAGAAGCUCCGAGAUGGGUGGCAACGAUUGGCUAGACAAGGAUGAGGAGAACUUCAAGAAACGUGUGGAGGACUUGCGGAAAGCAGUACAGGCCACAGAAAAGAAUCGGCUGGCAGCUAUGCGAGCUCUGGCUGAAGAACGUCAACGUAGCCUCGAGUUGCAAGUUAAAAUAAGUCGCCAGAAGGAAACAGCAGCAGCUCUUGAAGAAGAAGUUCGGGUUUUGAAGGAAUCCCAUGAUGCGUUGCUGGCUUCCUUGCGGAAAAAGUACAGUUCCUCUGUAGCAGCUCGAGCUGCAGCUGCUCUGCUGUACCAAAAUUGGGAUACCGAGUAUGAAGAGGGCAGUCCUCAGACCCUAUCAUGCUGAUUUUGCACUGUGCAGGUUUGUAGCGAUUGAUGUCCCUUUAUCUACCCCGAGCCUCCACCCUCACUGCACUCCCUUUUUUGUGAGAUCUUUAGGUAGAUGAGUCACUGAGCACAAUUCAUAUUGAGCAAUUUAUCCAAGGAGGCAUCUAAUUGCAUGUACAAUACUCCACCAUUUGGGUUUUCGAAUGCUAAUUUAAACUCAGUUCGGUAGGAUUUCUGACUUUUA